AUGCUGAUCAUAAAGCCCAACUGGUUGGUGCAUGCUAGGGGGAAGAGACGAUUUGAAGUUUACAGCUGCCAUGUAUCCCCUGACGGCAAGCGACUAGCGACUGCAGGCUUUGAUGGAACUGUUCGGAUUUGGUCCACAGAGGCUAUUUUAAAGGAUAGAGACGAAACCUUCAAUGGACCUAAAGAGAUAUGCUCAGUUAAUGCCCACACAGGUGUCGUCUUCACGGUGCGUUGGUCAGGUACGAACAGAUAUCUCGCAUCCGGUUCCAGUGACAGACUAGUAUUGCUAUACGAGCGAGAUCCAGAAUCAGGCCAUGCUGAGAAAUGGCGAACUUCGCGCAAGCUUUCCGGUCACGAAAACGGUGUUCGGGAUGUUGGUUGGUCAAUCGAUUCAUCUAUCUUAGUAUCAGUUGGGCUAGACUCGAAAAUCAUAAUUUGGUCCGGUAGAAAUUUCGAACUUUUGAAAUGCCUUAGCGCUCAUCAAUCUGCGGUUAGAGGAAUUACGUUUGAUCCAGCCAACAAAUAUUUUGCUACGGCUUCAGAUGACCGGUCCAUUAAAGUAUUUCAGCUCAAACCUUUUACUGAUACUGCUGUAGGAAAGGCUGAAGAAGGGUCCCUUAUGGAGGCCACAAUAACUAAACCUUUUGUUAACAGCCCAAUCACAAUGUUUAAAAGAUGCUCCUGGUCAAUUGACGGCGAGCACAUCGCUGUUGCCGGUGCUGUUAGGGGCCCAGAUAAUUCAGUUGCUAUUAUCAACCGUGGUAGUUGGAAGCACAGCAUCUCGUUUAUUGGACACGAAGACCCCGUCGAGGUAUGCUCAUUUGCGCCGAGGAUACUUACACGAGAACGCGACCCUGAAAACAGUGGGACUGUUGCCUGCGCUACUCAAGGUGGAUCAUUAUAUUUUUGGUCUAUCGGCGCUCUAGGUCCUAAAAUGGUCGUCCCAAAUCUGGUAACAAAAUCGAUAUCGGAUCUCGGCUGGAGUCCCGAUGCGAAGUCUCUUUUUGCAACUAGCUUAGACGGGAGCAUUGUGGCCAUUGAUUUCAAAAGCGAACUUGGUGAUGUCAUGGGACUAGAAUUUCACAAACGGAUACUACGGAGAGCCGGGAUUCAGAGGCAAUUUAUGACUGACGAGGCCCACGAGGAAACGCAUCCUGACCAAAAUCUCGGACUCCCCACUGGGAGCUCUAGGCUCGGGGAGAAUAUGCGAACGGAGAUGGCUUCUACGCAAAGGCGCGUGCCAGCAGGGAGUAAUCCGCUCCAGAGCCCGCUCCGAGACACGCUGGCCCUGGAUCAUCCGUGCGACUUAGAGAAUCUUUCUACAACGAAUCACGAAUUUGAAGGUGGGAGAAGUGUUGUAGAAACAGGCGCUAGAAUAGCCACGGAUUCAGGAUAUGCAUCUAUCACUCAUGGCACCGAGCUAUGCGCACAAAGCGAUCACGGCAUCAAGUUUCAAUCUUUGAAUACAUCAGAACAUACGUCGACUGCAAUGGAUCCUCUCGAUUUGGAUGAUACCCAAACGGUUUACUCAGACGCAUCAAGCGUACCCACUUUAGCGAAAGAAAGUUACAUAUCUGAGUUAGCCGAUGCUCUACUCAACGAAGUUCUUCCUUGCAAACCCGACGCCGAUACGUUGGAGAGAAUAUCUCUAGUUCUUCCGGAUGUUCUAAAGGCCUUCGCUCUCAAAAUUGGCCAAAACGCGCCCACUCAAAUGCAUCGCGACGUUAUGUUUUUUAUCCAUAAGAGUCGAGGUGAUAUAACUAAGUACUUCAAUCGGAAGCUUCCUAAUGAAGAGGAACAAGAAGAGAAUGAUUUUAGAACCCAUGUUCCCGCUUCCGACGGGAUGCUGUAUACCGAAGUGGUAGAGCGCUGGCGCUUAGAAAACCCGCAAGAUACCAUGAUGGAGGAUCCGCAAGACUCACUUUUAAUGAAACCACAGGACCCAGCUUUAAAGGAACCGGAAGAUCCCGUUUUGGAAGAGCCGCAAGAUCUUUCCCAUUUUUGGGAAACCUCCCUCGCAGAAGACGCACUACUUCCAAAUGCUGACACAGCGGGGGCCAUUUUUAGUGAACUGAUUGGUCCGGAGUUUGAUGAGGAAGUAAGGGGAGAUGACGGCCAAGAAAUAAACGUGCCUCAACUUCCCGCCUAUAGAGACUUUAUCUUCAAGGUAGCAGCAUACGAAUGGCUUCUUGGGAGAUUAAGCAGAGAAUUAUUUCUUACCCCGGCAAAACCGAACAUAAUGGAUAAAAUAAGGGAGACAAUCGCUCAAAAACUGCCAUCCAAUCACAGAAUCAGUAGAAGCCAAUCGGCGGAGACUUUUAAGAUGGUUUUUGUUGUGAGAUGGAAUCCAAUGGGCUUUAUUGCUGAACAAGAUUAUGAAGAGGAACCAGGCGAAGCGAUUGAGAAGGCCAUUACACUAACCGGAUCAAUCAAAGAUGCGCAAGCUCUGACAUGCAAAGAGUACUUUUGCCAAACAUGGCGAUCAGGUGGGAAACAUACAAUUCAGUUAAUUAAAGACACAGUUCAGAAUGGACCUCAUAACCUGCAAGCUUCUACUUUACCCGAUGGAACUCAACUGAGAGCAUGCAUUCAGGAUUCAAAACUCAUUGUUGAAGCUGUCGGUACCAGGGAUUCCGUUGCUGAAGUUGGUGAACAGCUUGGAUGGCUUGGGGCUGCAUUUUACUCUUCAACAUGGGAUGCAGGGUUGGCCUCCAUAAUACCGAUCAUCAAUGAGAUCAGUCCCAGAGAUAUUUCGAAAUCGACGCCCGGGCCGCCGCGUUGCCCCGAACUAAUUUGCGAUAUUGAUUUCAUUGUCCAGGAAAGAGCUGUGCAUCCUAUGUCUUCCACUCAUCCUAUAUCUUCUAAUGGCCAGUGCUGGCACAAAAUGUUUAGGAAUCCGGUUGUGGUCGAAGGUUAUCCGAUUUUGCGGCGCCCGAAAGUCGAGUCUGGUAUCGGUCUUGAAAUUCCGCUCAAUAUGAUGGCCGGUUUGGCCCAAACCAAACGUGUGAAUAUUUUUGAUGGCAAGAUUUUCAUUAAGGGAUAUUCGGCUAUGCUCAUUCCGAUCAAAAGAGAUGGAGAUAUGCUCAUUUGGCAUUUUCUCUACAACGACACAGGAGAGCGUAUUUCCUACCUGGACAAGACCUUUCAUGCAGAAGAUAUCAGUAUCCCGGCUUUAGAAACAGCCCGGCAUGUAGUUGGUUGGUGUUCGAAAGCUAGUUACCAUGCCGGGGCUGCAGAUGCGGUUUAUAGUAUCAAGUCGUCCCGGCUCUCCAAAACUCAUGGCGGUUGUGCCCUUCGGGAAGUUUGCGCAAUUCGAGGACAGAUAGUCAGCGGCGGCUCCCAAUUCGCGAUCGGUAAUAAAGACAUUCCACUUCGCCUGUCACGGAAAGGAAAGUGGCAUAUUCCAGGACUAAAAUGGAUCCACAAGAAAUUCGUAGUUAUGUGGGACGAGCAAGACAAGCGAGGUUGGCUUGUCAAUGGCACCAGCGCAUUACUACAUCUUUUAUAUGGAUCUCUAGCCCAUGAUAGCGCUGACGAAUUCAGCUCCAAAUUCCUCUUUAAGAAAGAGCGUAUGCAUGAAGCAAUUAAGCCUCACAGGGCAUGCUCAGCUAUCGAAGUACUUCUUAAUGAGAAUAACUUGAAGCAGGCAAUAUAUCCAGGAGAAAGUGUCCAUUAUUGCGUUGAGGAUAGGCUCGAAGAACUUUACAAUAUGUUAGAGAAAAUCAUCGACUACCAGAUGACUGUUAGUUCGACGCCUUCGACACCAAGAUACCUCGAAGGCUGGGAUUUUAAAGAUUUAGCCACGGGGGGAGACCCAAUUUACCCUCGUGUAGCAACACUUGAAGCAAUCGGCCAAAGCUGGGUCGAUUUCACCAGAGCUAUUCAUGCUAUUGCCUUAUUUGGGCGUGGAUUUGGCGAAAUAAUCCAGCCAGCCGAUACUGGAAUAUGUACCUACUGGAAAGAAUUGCCGAAGCAGAAAUACUAUCUCGCAGCAGGCCUUCGCGAUCUCAGAAGUAUCAUGGGCCUUGGUAUCGACGAAGAGAUAGAGAUGCCGCCGAAGCUAGUCGACGAUGUUGUCUGGCAUAUUCCACAAUCCACAUUUGGACAAUGUCAAUGCAAGGAGAAGAAAUCUGAAGACCACUCUGAUUUUGUUCAAGCUCUUCUGCCUUCAAAAUUCAGCCGUUUUCUGCCUGAAAAUGAGCCAAUACGAUUGGACGAUGAUAGCGCAGUGAUAUUCGGCCACAACACUAGCUUCGAAUGGCUAUGGAAAGAUUCUAGAGAUCUCCAGGGGGAUGAACCUGUCAUGCCUAGCAAGGAACUCAAAGCCCCAUCUUUGGAUAGUGGAAUCGGAUCAAACUUACUUUUUGGCCCUGAGGAUUAUACAGUCGGGGUUAUUUGUGCAUUACAGAAGGAGCUGUUCGCUGUGCGCGCACUAUUUGAUUCUAGGCACGAGGAUUUACAUCUUCCCUCACAAGAUACAAACCACUACGCACUCGGUCGUAUUCAGAGACAUAAUAUCGUUGCUGCCUGUCUGCCAUCUGGAGAAUAUGGUACAAACGCUGCCGCUCAGGUUCUCUCUCAUAUGAUAAGAAGUUUUACUAAAGUAGAAUUCUGUUGCUUGGUUGGUAUUGGAGCUGGUAUUCCGACGAAAGAAAAUGACCUACGAUUGGGAGACGUCGUGGUUAGUCAUCCAACAGGGACUCACGUCGGAGUCAUUCAAUAUGAUCUUGGCAAAGCUCUUGGUGGGGACCUUUUUGAACGAACGGGGUGUAUACAACGUCUUCCGACUUUUAUAUUGACAGCUAUCAGUAGCUUGAGAUCUGACCCCAACCUACCCUCUCAACCACUGCAAAAAUAUAUCGACGAUAUCAUAGCACGCUGCCCAGAGUAUAAAUUUCCGGGAAUACAACAUGACAAGAUACUUGUUGCCGAGUGUUUGAACGACACAAACCACGUUGCUUGUCGCCGAUGCACCGAUCAAUCCAGAAAUCAUCCAAAGAUUCACUACGGUUUAAUAGCUUCCGGAAACAAAGUUAUCAAAGAUGCGAAGACUAGAGACCGCUUAUACAGAGAUUAUAAGGUUCAUUGUAUCGAAAUGGAGGCAGCCGGAGUUAUGAAUGUAUUUCCUUGCGUCGUGAUUCGAGGUAUUUGCGACUAUGCAGAUUCGGACAAGAAUGAUUUGUGGCAAGAAUAUGCCUCCGCGACGGCUGCUGCUUAUUUAAAGCUCCUGCUUUCUGUUAUACGAAAUCGAGAUGAUUCCGAGGGCACCGGAUCGAGGAAGCGGGCCGCUUCGUCACUAAACUAUGAUUCUUCUUCUGCAAAGAAGCUCAAGGAUAUCUCAUACCUUGUCUCACCUACAAAGCCUCAAGCAGGUACCACCCCAGAUCGGGGCAGCACGUGGACCAGCCAAGGCUUGCUGUAA